AUGGGAAGAGAUUCCCGCCGAUCCUAUCGACACUGCCAGGAUCAAUCACCUUCCAGCUCGACCCCUGCCACUUGCUCUUUCACCACCAUCCUUCCUCCCAUCUCCACGCUCACACAUGCCCCUAUCUCUCGAAGCCGCUCCUCGUUCGCUUCCAGCUCGGCCUCUUUGUCCAGCCCUUCGUCCUCUCAUUCCACGUCCUCUCGAGCUAGCGGUCCCAUCGAACCUCAGAGCCCUCUCGACGGACAGCCUCUCCUCAGUUCUACGCGGAACAUGAACAUUGCUUCUCGCUCCAACGCCCACCGAUCUGGGCACCCAAGUAUGCCUCACGAGCAUCACUCUUCCAACACGGACAGCUAUCAUCACUCGCAUCGGCACUCUGCACCUUUGCAUCACACUCGUCCCGCCGUGGAGGAUGGUUCACAUUUGUGGGGUGAUGGUAUGAAAGGUAUCUGGAACAGUCUUACAGGUGCUCCUCAUCCCAAGUCACGCUCUCCCGUCGCCGCUGCCGGUACCAACUCCAAAGUCGAAUACCUUGAACCCUCUCGUCCCUCUGACGUCGAGGCUGCUACUUCUACCUGGGACGUUCCCCGCGACACUGUCGCCAUGACUAUGGGCUUUCAAAAUAGCUACGAGGAUCGAUCUUUCCAGUCUCAGCAAGUCUGGCAGCCACAGCAAAUGUCCAACUAUCCUGCUGACGCCCACCAGCAGCAGCAACAGCAAGCUCACCUCAACCACGCCUCUUCUUACUCGAGCAUGCCCGCUCCAUCGGGACUUGCCGCUGCUUCCGCAGAUCCGACCAGGCCACGCGGUGCCUCGGGCGGCACUGACCGUCACUAUGCUCGCAGGCCCAAUUAUCCACAGCACAGCCGUCCCGGCGAAGCUUGCACAGACGCCUCCAGCGGUGGUCAAUGGUGGGGAGAUGCCGACGCGAACCCAGUUGCAGAAGAGGCAAAUCAUUAUGGUGCUCGCAGGCUGCAGCCUCCCCAGCUGCCAGAGACACGCUCAGCUUCUCGACCUACCUGGUCCAACAACGGUGGCUUCGAGAUGAGCGGCUACGAGUCCCCUCAGUCUACGCUUGGCAAGCGACAGUACGAUGAAGAGGCCAUCGCCUCCUCCACCUCGCAUGGCGUGGCUGCCGACAACAGCGACAGUGCCGCGGUUCGCAGGUACUCUCUCAACCCCAACCUGUCCUUCUCACGUCCAUCAGCCCCGAUCAGCAGCAUGAUGAACAGCUACCGACCUUUGCACAGUGAUCCUAAUCGACCCUCGCUUCCUUCUGAUCCGUACGGUGUGCAGCCGCCAGCGUCGACAGCGCAGCGAACAGGUUACUCGAAUCCUUCGCAUUACAACCCUUGGGAUGGAGCGACUUCACACUCUGGCCUCCCCGGCAUGACCAACUCCGACUCAUCACCCAGCCUUUCAGGUUGGCGCGACACCAACGUCAUGCGAUACGGUAUAGAGGCCACUGGCUAUCCAUCGCCAAGCGGUAUACCCGGAGGACCCGUCGACAAGCGUCAGCAACGUGAUCGAUCUUCUUCGACCGCUUCGGCUGUGCAGCAAUCCAACAACCUCGCCAACAACCUCGCCAACAACCUCACCAACAACCUCGCCAACAACCUCGCCAACAACCUCGCCAACACGCCCUUCCACAUUACCACUGACAUUGUUCUCCGUGCGCCUGCAGGAAGCAAGAUGGAAGACGUUUACUAUGAUCAGCACUGCGAGCUUCGCACAGGCAUGGCUGACCCGCCCGCCUCGGACUUUGAGGUCGAGAACGAGGAGGACCGUCCUCGUCUGCAGACCGACAAGUUGCGAUUCCCUGGUGACCUCUAUACGCCUCGAUGGGUUCGUGGCUCAGGUAAUUCCCGUGAAGCCUGGUGUGAUCGAUGUGAGAGCGGCAACUGGCUCCAGCUCAAGAACUCGCAGUACUGGUACGAUCAAGUGCACAAGCACGGCAUCUCGUCGGUCUCGGGUCUCCGCUUCACCGCCCCUACACACCUCAAGAUCUACGCCGAUGCAGCGGGCACUGUUGAAGGCAAGUGUCAUCAGUGCAAGGAGUGGGUCUUGAUCUACACUGCCAAGCGACGCCGCAACUUUGCCGCCUUCUUCAAGCACGCUCAUGCCUGCCACUCGUAUCGUAAGGCCAGUGCGGUUGGCAACGGCCCCUACGUUGAGCACAACCCUGGCGGACACCGAAAUAAGAAGGGCACCGGCUCGCCGAUAUGA